AUUCAGUAUUUAUCAUCUCAAUAAUCCAUGAUGAACCCAGCAUGGAUAUGGACUGCCAUUGCAGCGCUCGCUGCACUUUCCAUCUUCAAAGCUUUUCUGGAGAAGAAAGGCAAGAGGCUGCCACCAGGUCCCAGAGGGGUGCCAAUUUUGGGACACUUCCAUUUGGUUGGGAAGAAUCCCCAUCAAGAUUUGCAGAAACUGGCAAAAACCUACGGCCCUAUUAUGCAUUUGCGGUUUGGGUUUGUCGACAACAUCGUCGCUUCAACGCCGGAAGCCGCCAAGCAGUUUCUCAAGACCCACGAUCUCAACUUCGCCACCAGACCACUUAGCGAGGCUGCUAAGUACAUCUCAAAUGGCCAAAAAGGUUUGUCUUUUGGGCAAUAUGGUCCCUAUUGGCGAAACGUUCGGAAGCUAUGCACCUUGGAGUUCCUAAGCAAUCUCAAGAUCAAUUCAUACCAAUCCAUGAGAAGAGAAGAGCUGUGUCUUCUCGUAGAAUCAUUCAAGCAAGCAGCCCAGAACGGCGAAGCUGUUGAUUUGAGCGUCAAAGUUUCUUCCCUGAGUGCAAACAUGAGCUGUAGAAUGGUGUUCGGGAAGAAGUACGAGGAUAAAGACCUUGAUGAGAAGGGAUUCAAGGCUGUGAUUCAAGAAGCAGUUAAGAUCACAGCUCUCCCUAAUCUCGGCGACUAUUUUCCUCUUCUUGGUAAGCUUGAUGUUCAAGGAUUGACUCGACGAAUGAAGACCGUUGGUCAGCUCUUCGACGAGUUUUUAGAGAAGAUCAUUAAUGAGCAUGAACAAGCUACCAGCAAAGGAAACACUGAAACAACUAAGGAUUUUGUGGAUACCAUUUUGGAAAUUAUGAGGUCUGGAGAAUCUCCUGUCCAAUUCACUCGAGAGCAUGUCAAGUCUGUUAUGCUGGAUAUGCUCAUUGCUUCAAUGGACACAUCAUCAUCUGUAAUAGAAUGGACAAUGUCUGAACUCUUCCGACACCCGGAGAUAAUGGAAAAGGUAAAGGAAGAAAUAGAGAGCCAUGUAGGACUUGAUAGAAUGGUGGAGGAGAAGGAUUUGGAGCACUUUAAAUACUUAGAAAUUGUCAUUAAAGAAUCAUUAAGGAUGCAUCCGGUGGUGCCAUUACUCCUUCCUCAUGCAGCCAGAGAAGAUUGUAAUGUUGAUGGCUUUCACAUUCCUAAAAAUGCAACAGUUACGGUAAAUGUUUGGGCAAUUGGACGUGAUCCAAAUGUGUGGAGUGAUCCAGAAAAAUUUAUUCCAGAGAGGUUUAAUAAAAGUAGUGUUGAGUACAGAGGUCAAGAUUUUGAACUUCUCCCAUUUGGGUCAGGGAGGAGAAGUUGUUCAGGAAUGCAACUUGGAAUAACUGUGAUUCGAUUAGUGGUAGCACAACUAAUCCACUACUUUGAUUGGAGUUUUCCUGAUGGAAUGUUACCCAAAGACUUGAAUAUAAUUGGAGAAUCCAGUCUUGUGAUAAGUCGAGCCAAGCAUUUGAUGGCUAUUCCUGCAUACCGUUUAUGUAUUUAAUUUUUAAAAUGUUAUUCCCUUUUAAAAAUUAAUUAAAUAAAGUAUUUUGUACUAAAUAAAUGCUUACAUACAGCUACUUUGUCUUCUAAAAGUUAGUCAAAAUUGUCUUGAAUUCAAAUCAUGUACACUAUAAUUCACCAAUAAUGUAUUCGUUUUGUCUCUGUA